GAAGUGAUAAAACAAACUUGCCUCCAGGGCCUGUUUUAUGGUAAAGAAAUUUGGGAACGAUUCAAGGCUAGUCGUGGAGAAGAGCAAGAGGAUAUUCAUUGCAAGUUGAUGAAAAAUUAUCCAGGCGUUAUUCAAGCUAUUUCGAAUAAUCAGAUUGGUUUAAAUGUGCUAACCGAAAUGGUGUGUGGUUAUGUUUUACCUGGUCGACCAAUUGCCAAUGUAUAUUUUAAAUGUUAUGGAUAUAUGGCAAUGUAUCAAUGUUUGCUACUUGUUUCGGAUUUGAAAUUGG